AGAAUAAGGAGUUCGGUUUCAGCAAUCAGUUCUCCGUUGCACUUGUUUUUAUUUUUGUAGGAGAAAUUUUUUUGAGCCUUUUCUAAAUUAAUUAUCUUUUUUCCUACAAAAUAAAAAAUUGAUUUAUUAAGUUUUUUUUGUGCGUGAACUAAUUUGUGUGAUAUUUUGAAGAUACGGAAAUACGGAAUCCCCUAAACCUGUAUCUCCCGCCACCACCGCGAGUCCGUGACGGGCGAUUUGUCUAUUCGAUCCUUGAAUUCGACGGUGAAUCGUCGAGUGCGAGCAGUCCUUCCCGAAGCGGGGGUGACAAUACGGAAGACGCGAGAGCCGGAAGCCAGUUCCGGCAGUCGCUCUGCACUCCGCCUCGGCCAGUCCAUUCCCCUCUUCCUGCCGGCCGCCGCUGUGGCUGUGGGCUAUCUCUCAAUUCGUGAAAAAGCCCGUAGCUCUCAGCUACCCUUCAAUAAGGUAUUCUUGCUCCCGUGGCUUGAAUUCCUUGCGGAAAUCGUCUUCGCCACUGACUCUGGUCUCUGGAGUCCUGAUCGUGUCUUUUAGCUACGUUUCGCCUUUGUUGCUUCCGAUUACGAAGCAACCGAGCAAGCUGCUGCGUUGUCUGUCUUCUCUUCCUUCGCGACUUCGUCACAGGUAAUCUCUGGAAUAUUCUCUUCUUACUGCCAAACCCCAAAGUUCCCGCAAUCUUUUUGUGAACCUUUUUACCUACUUUAGGGUUUUGGAAAUUACAAUCUAUUGGCUGAACAGGAGGGAGAAGAAGAAGAAGAAGAAUAAGUGAAUAAAUUCUUUAGGUUCGUAGCGAUUGAAGAGUAAUGUCGAUUGCAGCCCCUGGUCAGCUCAACCUGACCGAGUAUUCUUCAUGGGGAUCCCGAACUGUUGAUAACUUUGAGAAGUUGGAGCAAAUUGGCGAGGGAACCUAUGGUCAAGUUUACAUGGCUCGUGAGAUAGCAACAGGAGAAAUAGUUGCUCUGAAGAAGAUAAGAAUGGACAAGGAGAGAGAAGGGUUUCCUAUAACUGCCAUUCGUGAAAUCAAAAUUCUAAAGAAGCUCCAACAUGAUAACGUAAUAAAGUUGAAAGAGAUAGUGACAUCUCCAGGUCCUGAGAAGGAAGACCAAGGAAGACCUGAUGGUAACAAGUAUAGAGGUGGCAUCUACAUGGUAUUUGAAUACAUGGAUCAUGAUUUAACUGGCCUUGCAGAUCGUCCUGGAAUGAGAUUUUCAGUUCCUCAAAUUAAGUGCUACAUGAGGCAGCUCUUAACCGGGCUUCAUUAUUGCCAUGUAAAUCAAGUACUUCAUCGUGAUAUCAAAGGUUCUAAUCUUCUCAUUGACAAUGAGGGCAACCUAAAGCUUGCAGAUUUUGGGCUUGCUCGCUCAUUCUCGAGUGAUCAUAAUGCAAAUCUUACAAAUCGUGUUAUUACCUUAUGGUACAGACCUCCGGAGUUGCUCCUUGGAGCAACUAAGUAUGGUCCAGCUGUUGAUCUAUGGUCUGUUGGUUGUAUCUUUGCCGAGCUUCUCCAUGGGAAACCCUUAUUCCCUGGGAGUAAUGAGCCUGAACUAAUAAGCAAGAUUUUUGAGCUUUGCGGAUCACCCGAUGAGGUUAACUGGCCUACUGUUUCUAAGCUUCCUUUGUAUAACAACUUCAAGCCUUCAAGGCCAAUCAAGAGACGACUCGGGGAUUUUUUCAGAGAUUGUGGUGAUCGACAUGCUGUGGAGUUGCUGGAAAAAAUGCUAACUCUUGAUCCUGAGCAGAGGAUAUCUGCCAAGGAUGCGCUCGAUGCCGAGUAUUUCUGGACCGACCCAUUGCCUUGUGAUCCAAAGACUUUGCCCAAAUACGAGUCGUCGCACGAGUUCCAGACAAAGAAAAAGCGGCAGCAGCAAAGACAGCAGCACGAAGAGAACGCAAAGCGUCAGAAGCUACAGCAUCAUCCUAGCCGCGGCCUUCCUCCGAUUCAGCAAUCUGGGCAUAAUGCACAAAUGAGGAAUCAACCCAUGCAUGGUUCUCAGCCUCCAGUUCCAGCAUCAGGGCACCAUUAUGGUAAGCCUCGUGGCCCUGCUGGUGGUGGGCCAGGCAGCCGGUAUCAUCAAGGUCACCCGAAUCGUGGUUACGGUAGUGGGCCAUAUCCUCCUCCACAAGCCCGAGGCCCCCCACCAUAUGGCUCGAAUUAUCCUCCUCAAGGUGGUGGUCCUGGUCCUGGUCCUUAUGGGGGUUCCGGUGCUGGGCGUGGUGGUUCAAACCGCAACCAACAGUAUGGUUGGCAGUAGCUCUUUGCAUCUAACCCACCUUACAUGGCUACUGAAGUCAACAACAUUGAGACGGUAAUUGGGCCAUUUCGACAAGUUUGGUUAUAAUCUCUCCUGCAGAAUCAUGCAAUUGCUGCCGGACUCUUUCAUGCGUUUAUGCAUAUGCAUAAUGCCAAUGUUGAAGGGCCAUCUUCUACUUUGUUGAGGUAAAUUUGGCUUGGCCGGAGGGAACAGUGUUCACUAUGAAAGCAAAAGCACCGGUCCGCAUACUGUUGUCAUACAAGCAAACACAUAAAGAUUGAAGAUGCUGCUAAUUUCUGGUGCAGCACUUUGGUUAUUAGUUUUUACCUUAACCCGCGAUGGGGAAUUUCUUUGUGGUGCUCAAGUUUUUGAACAUGAUGACUGGUGUGUACAGCACAUGUAGUUAAGGACUUGCAGCAACGCUAGGCUCCUAAGAUGGCGCCGUGCCUCUCCUUGUGCAGAAUCUUUUCUUUCUGUACGUCCGGGUUUUGGGGUUCUUUGUGUUACAUUUUUAGGAAUGUUGUUACGUAAAUCAUUCUAAUUCUUCAUGAAUCCAACAAGAUUCAUAUUAGUGGUUUUGUUGACGUAGAUUUUUCUAUUUCGUAUGCAGCUGUGUACAUGGAUCCGGUGGUUUGGGAUUUUCAACACUCUCAAACAUUAUAUCCAUAAUGCUCUAUGAACUGGAGAGCACGCAUAUAGAGAAAAUUCUUGCCGGAUCUCGCAGUUCAUGUAUUAGGCCAUGUUUUUGUGAUGUGUCUGUAUGGAGGAUUUGUGUCGCUGUUUCAGACUCGACAUUUUAUGCUAUAAUUUUUGUUAGAAAUGAUGACGACUGUAUCAUUAAAAAAACUAGUGAUAACAAUUUGGACCUCUCCUCAGUCCUCACGUAACAUGACACAUGUAUUAUUGGUCCCACUUAGGGUUGUAAAUGAGUCGAGCGGUUCGGCGUUCGACUCGAAAAAAUCUAGUUCGAAACUCGGUUCGUUAAUAAACGAGCCGAACAUGAGCUAAGCUUUGGUCAGUUUGUGAAGCUCGCGAGAUAGCUCGACUCGGUGACUUGUUGAGCUAAACUUGUGAACUGGCUCGUUUAGAGCUCAUGAUAUAUCUCAACAUGUGGCUAGAGAGUCAACUCGAUUACAAACUUAUGGACGAAUCAAUCUACAUCUUAUGAUUUUAAUUCAUAUGGUUGUUAAAUUAUAUAUCUCGCCAUAUAUAAAGUUUAACACGUUGA